AUGUUGGUGUUGCUUUUGGGUUUCGGACUAGAAGAGAAAUACAAUGCCUACACAGAAGCUCCAGUAGAUAAGGUGACUUCGGUAUUAGUUAAGGAUACUGAAAAAAUCUUUUCAUUGACUUCAGAGGUGGAGGCUCUACAGCUUGGUGUCACUCAGGAAAAUCAGGAACUACUAGUCACGUGCAUCUCACAAAACCUUGGCUUUGCUGGAGGCAACCCUGUUGCUGCAUGUUCUCAUUUACAAAUGUCUCCUUCACUGGGAUCAUUUGAACUCGAAGAAACAAACAUCUUUGACCGUAUCAUUCAAACAAUAGCUUCGGCCAUUGAAGGAUGCAUGGGAGGCGGUGUUGUCUCUUCUUUGGAUAGACAAAUGCAAGUUGAAGCAAAGUACCCAGCAACUCUUUCAAGCAAGCUUAUUGGAUUCCUAGAGAAGAUGUAUGUUAUGAUCAGAGAUAAUCUGAAGAUUGAGGUCUUUUCUCUUCUCCGGCGCAAGAAAAAAUGUUCCUCAACAAGAUUUGAUUGGUCACUGGGAAAGUAUUGUGGAAAGGCUAAGCAUUACUUGAAUCUAAUGAAAGCAAACAAUGUGAACUCCACCAUUCCUGGUCAGCAAAUUAAUCACACAAAUAUUCUUCUUCAUCAAUCUUCAGCUCCUAAACAGGCAUGCAUGUUCACUAGUAGUAAUAUCUCCUUUUCUUUUGUCUCAAGUAUUCUCCUAAGCGAUGACUGUCGCUAUUUUGUCAACGGGGAGUACGUUGAAACAGGUUUGGCUAAACUAAAAAAUUGGUGUAUAGAGGCUACUGAUGAAUAUGCUGGUUCAGCUUGGGAUGAGUUGAGUCAUAUCAGACAGGCAGCUGGAUUCUUGCAGGCCAUUAUUCAAAAGCAGGAAAUGACCUUAGACAAAAUAACAAGAGAACUCUGUCCGGUGCUAAGUAUACGGCAGCUAUACAGAAUCAGUGCUAUGUACUUUGAUGACAUUUAUGACAUGAGCAGCGUUUCUUCAGAUGUUAUUUCAAGCAUGAUGAUUAGAUUGAUAGAUGACUUGACCGAUGGUGUACGGAGUGACUCUCUUUUGGAGGACGACUUGAGCAUUCCAUUCACCGUAGAGGAUUUAUCAAAAUCAACGGAACAAGGGGAUGUAAACGACAUUGAUACUCUUGCAUUGAUCCAUGAAAACCCAAGUUUCAGCUUCUUGCUCACUUGUGGAGAAGGCAGUUCAUCAUAA